ACAUAUGUCAUGAGUGGUAAUCGUGAUUUUUUUGACCCAAAAUAAUUAUAAAUCUUCUUAAUAUUCACCACAUUUUAUCGUAACCAUAUUAAUAACAAAUACAUGCUAGAUGUAUUCGAACGCUCAAAUCGUCUAACAUUUAUUAUUAUUUCACAUCCUUUUUUUUCACUAUGAUUUUGUUAAUAUUAAUUUUGACAGGAGUUUUAGCCAACUCAAAAAGUACUCCGGUCACAGAUGAUAAAACAACCUUAGAUUGGUGGCAAACUGCUGUUUACUACCAAAUCUAUCCAAGAUCAUUCAAGGAUAGCAAUGGUGACGGUAUUGGAGAUCUUAAAGGGAUUGAAGAAAAAGCGGAACACUUUAAAGAUAUAGGAGUGGACUGUGUUUGGUUAUCUCCCAUUUUUAAAUCACCUAUGGCAGAUUUUGGUUACGAUAUUUCGGAUUAUAAUGCGAUUGAUCCCAUGUAUGGCACAAUGGAUGAUUUUGUUUCGUUGCAGAAAAAAUUGAAGUCAAUGGGCAUUAAAAUUAUUAUGGAUUUCGUACCUAAUCAUUCGAGUGAUGAACACAAAUGGUUUAAAAAAUCUGUAGAAAAAAUUGAUCCUUACACAGAUUAUUAUGUAUGGAGAGAUGGUAAAUGCGAUACAAAUAACUCGAGGAUACCACCAAAUAAUUGGCAAAGUUUAUUCAGUAUUCCAGCGUGGACAUGGAAUGAACAACGCGGACAGUAUUAUUUACAUCAAUUUGUUCCUAAACAACCAGAUUUAAACUACAGAAAUGAAGAAUUGGUUAAAAAAAUGAAAAAAAACUUGAAGUUUUGGUUAGAUCUUGGUGUAGAUGGAUACAGAAUAGAUGCCGUACCGUUUUUGUUUGAAGAUCUGCAAUUUUUAGACGAGCCCAGAAUACCAGAAGAGCUUGCUAAAAAAGAGAAAACCCCUUAUUUGCAAUAUUAUCACCUUUAUACAAAGGACUUACCUGAAACGUAUGAUAUGGUUUAUCAGUUUAGAGACGUGUUAGAUGAAUAUAAGUCGAGAGAUGGAAAAACCAGAGUUAUGGUAACUGAAUCAUACACUUCUAUCAAAAACACUAUGAGAUAUUUUGGUAAUGAAACCCAUUUGGGAGCACAUAUAUCAUUUAAUUUUGAAUUUAUUGAAAAAUUAAAUGAUUCUUCAAACGCCGCUAAAUUCAAUGAUGUGGUGUAUAAUUGGUUGGACAACAUGCCUGAUGGGAAAUGUGCAAACUGGGUGAUCGGAAACCACGACAGACCGCGCGCGGCCACGCGGUUCGGCAGUGAAAUGGUGGACGCCAUGAACAUGUUGACCAUGCUGUUGCCCGGGGCAGCGUUCACGUACAUGGGCGAGGAGAUCGGCAUGUCGGACUCGGCCAUCCGCUGGGACCAGACGGUCGACCCGAGGGGCCUGAACGCGGGACCCGACGACUUCCGGACCAGGAGCAGGGAUCCGGUCAGAACGCCGUACCAGUGGGACGCCACCGUCAACGCCGGUUUCACCAGGGCCUCGUCGACGCCGUGGUUGCCGGUGAACCCCAAUUACUGGAGGCUGAACCUGGACGCGCAACGGCAGCAGCAACGCAGCCACUACGCCGUGUACAAGGCGCUGGCCAGGCUCCGGAAAACCCGGACGGUGCAGCGCGGUUCGUUCGAGGGCAGACCGUUGUCCGAGUGGGUGUACGCGUUCACCAGGUCAUUGCCGUCAGAAGAAACUUACCUGGUUGUGAUGAACGUGGGCUCUGAAGAAGAACGUGUCGACUUGAGUGGUUGGCCAACUUUGGUUAAUAACGAAACGUGGCUGGUACACACGCCAAGCGUCAAUUCACAAUACUCAAUAGGGCAUUCACUGAAGACAAAUGGAUUUACGAUGAGACCUAAAUCAGCCAUGGUUUUAUGUAAUAGAAAAAAUGCGUUGGUUUCAUCGUCUUCUUCAUCAUCAACAUCGUCAUUAUACCAAUCUUCGUCGAUGUUUUCGGUUGCAAUGUUCGUGGCCGCCUUUGGUUACAGUCACAUGUUAGCCAAGCAGUAGUUUUCACUUAUCUAUGAACAUCGAUUAUUUUUUAAAAAGUUAAUCGAUUCAACAAAACGCUACAACGAAUAUGAAUUGUUAAAAAAUAGUCAUAAAUUAGAAUUUAAAAUGUCUGUAUUGUUUUAGUUUAAAAAUUGAUAAUUUUCGUUUCUAACAAUGUUAAAAUAAUUAUAUUAUUAUAAUUAAUAAGGUAUCAAAAUUGCAUUUAUA